AGUUCUGAACGGGCACUAGAUGAAGCAUUGGAGGGGUAACUGGCUGCAAUUAACAGCCCAACCAAGAGCUAGGCACAAGUUUACGUCAGUGCCAUUGAAGCAGGUUGGCUGGCGCACCAUUUUGGAACUUUGGCUGGCAGUUGGCGUAUGAACAACACGUUGACCGCAAGUGUCGGAAAUGUGUAUCAACAACAGAGCAUGGCCCAAGCCUCCAGCUGCUUCUUUGCUGCUGCCAAUCGUAUUGCUCUCGGCCAGCUUGGGUGCUUGCCAGGCCGACGGAAUGAAAGUCGGCGAUGGCAUUAGCUUGCCAACGGCGGGGCCAUCGCUGACUGUAGAGAAUGCAAGCAGCUCGGAUUUUGAGCAACUCAUCGAGGCGACGCUUAACGAAUCAGCCAACAGUCGAACAAUGCAGACACAGGAGCUGCUCUCGCGGAAGCGACGCUAUUUGGUAUUUCCGGAGGGCAGUUCCUUUCAAAUGGUGUUCGACGAAAUCAUCUGCGUUGUGGACUACACCAACUAUCUGGUGCUGGGUAUUACCGUUGCUUUGGCUUGGGAAUUGCCGAGCAAGCCGCCCAGCGAAGCCCUUGAAGAUAUAUUGAACAAGCUCGAAGAUGGCACAAUAGAUGUUAGUCGCAAUGACACUGUCUCCAACAUAACCUACGUGGACGAUGCCCAAAAGGCAACACAACAAACUAAUAACAACAACGAAAGCUACAAGCCCAACUACAUCAACUUAUCGCAUGGGUCAGGUGGGAGCAGCGGUCAGAAUUCUUACUAUAGCAACACACCUGUGUUUCGCACACCUAUGCAUCCAACCUAUCAAUAUGCGGACAGCUAUUACCGACGACCCACUGCACCGGCCAGACGAAAGGAUAAUCACUACUACUACAGCCGUCCAAUGAGCAGCAUACGCAAUCCCUUUCAUACCGACUCCUAUCCCUACAGCCCGGCACCGACAACACGCUAUCCCUAUUGGGCAUUGACAUCGCAUCUAAAGGAAUCGCUGCAACGCCGGAAUAACUACUAUGGUUCAGCUAAUAGUCAGCACCAGCGAAAUAGCUACUAUGCACCAAAGGUAAACCGACAACGGGAACACAAAAUCUAUCCGGUGUAUGGCAAACGCAGCUUGCCAGAUGCCUCUAAUCCGCAUCAUCGUCACAGACGUAGUGGAGUUGCCAGUGUGCCCGAUGCUGAUCUAACUCGAUUGGAAAGCAUUCAGAUCAAAUAUCAUCGCAACAGUCGGCAGACCUUGUACGGCAGAAUUGAAAAGUAUCUGGAUAAACGCGGUCACAACGGACAUCAGUGCGUGUUGCGCACGCUCUGCGAAACAGGUCAGAAGUCCACUGAACAGGAGCCCGGCAGCUUUGUUAGCGAACUGCUACGUGCAAUAUUUACCAUACCAGAGGCAUUGGACCACGAACCUGUGGCCUAUCGAGAUACACGCUAUGACAAAGCCCAUGCCCAUGACGGUGACUGCGCUGCUCUCUACCCCGAGUGCAAGCUGUCCAUCUGGGAAGCACCCUUUGUCCAAUAA